UUUCUCGCUGCCGCCGGGCUCGGAGCUGGCAGAAGGCGGUGGCGGGGGAAGCUCCUCCGAGCCGCUCGCGCCCCGCACCCAGCCCGGCCAUGGGGGGCUGGCCCCACGGCGCCUGGGUUUUGCCCCUGGUCCUGGCCGGGCUCGUCCAGCCGGGUCGGAGCCAGGAGCGGGAGAAGGUGAAAUGCUACAGCUCAGUGCAGGGCACCAUCUACGACUACGGGGCCCUCACCAUCGACGGGGAGGAGUACAUCCCCUUCAAGAAGUACGCAGGCAAGAUGGUGCUCUUCGUCAACGUGGCCACGUACUGAGGGCUCACGCUGCAGUACCUUGAACUGAAUGCACUACAAAACGAACUGGGGCCGUAUGGGCUGGUCGUCCUGGGCUUCCCCUCCAACCAAUUCGGAAAGCAAGAACCCGGCCAGAAUUCGGAGAUCCUCCCUGCGCUGAAGUAUGUCCGGCCUGGAGGCGGCUUUGUCCCAAAUUUCCAGCUCUUCCAGAAAGGGGAUGUGAAUGGAGUCAAGGAGCAGAAGGUCUACACGUUCCUGAAGAACGCCUGUCCACCAGCGGCAGAGGAGUUUGGGAACUCCAAAAACCUCUUCUGGGAGCCCCUGAGGAACCACGACGUCAAGUGGAACUUUGAGAAGUUCCUGGUGGGUCCUGAUGGGGUGCCUGUGAUGCGCUGGUACCACCGGACCAACAUUGGUGUUGUGAAGAACGACAUCAUCAACUACAUGAGGCAGCAGCAGGCUCAGUAGAGGAGGCGGCCGCCGGCGCGGGGUGGGGGUAGGCUGCUCCCCCGCCACCCACACCCACUGAGAAUUGGCUCCCGAUUGGCUGCUACAAAGGUUGCUCCCCCUACGCAAUGCAGUAAAAGCCAGCACCUGGCUCCAUUUCAGACCAGUUUCAUAGUAAAAUCACACAGGAGCAGCCCGUUGCAGCAAGCCAAGCACUGGGUACCUACCUAUUGCCCCAUCACCACCCUGGCCUCUGGCAGCUGGGGGUGGAUGCUCAUGCUGCAGUGGGUGACAGGGACCUCAGCAAGGGGAGAGAAACAUUUCCCGAUAACACCACGUCCAUCUCCACCCGCAAUGGCAACGUGUCCUCCAGGCCAAAAGCUUGCCCCCCAAAAUCCUGCCUCCAUGUCCCCUAGCUCUCUGGGACAAGUGCUCUUGUGCUCUCCCAGCUUCGGGCACGCCUCUCCCGGCAUGUCCAUGGGCAUGGGGGCCAGCUGCCUCAAGCACGGAAGACCACAUCUCCAUGAAGGCCAGGUCUGAAAGCCCCCACCAUAGGGUGGACCUAGCCUGAGCCUGCCCAUGUACAGAGCAGCUCUUCCAGUGCAUUCAAGCUGCCCUGUGGUUCCUGGUGCAGAGAUGUGCUCCUCUUCUCCCCUGGAGGCAGCCAGCCCCCUCACGCUCCGGAAGCAUUGACCUGUCGCUGUAGAAACACCAAAUAAAGGCUCUGCAAAGGUGUA